UGGAUCCUCGGUAUCCAUCUCGUCGCCCCCCCCGCCUGCCCUCGUCGUCCCGAGCUCCCUGCGCGCCGCCGCCGCCGCGACGCCUCCCGCACCGCCGCCAGCCCAAACUGCUCGAACCAAAAAAACCGCCGCCGCGAGGUCGGCCCACCUCUGGAGCGGCCCGCGCGUCCUCCCGUAGGGGCAGCCAUGCUCUCCCGGGCCCUCGGCUCGCUCGCCUCCCGCGGCCCGGCGCUGGGCCGCGCCGCGGCGCGGCCGGCCCUGGCGGGCACCGCCCGCACGGUGACGACCUCGAAGGUCGGCGGCUACGAGGUGUUCGACCACAGCUACGACGCGGUCGUCAUCGGGGCGGGCGGCGCGGGCCUGCGCGCGGCCGCCGGCCUCGUGGGCCACGGCCUGAAGACGGCGUGCAUCACCAAGGUCUUCCCCACGCGCUCGCACACGGUGGCGGCCCAGGGCGGCAUCAACGGAGCCCUCGCCAACAUGACCGAGGACGAUUGGCGCUGGCACGCGUACGACACGGUGAAGGGCUCCGACUGGCUGGGCGACCAGGACGCCAUCCAGCACAUGUGCAGGCUGGCACCGGAGGUGAUCCUGGAGCUCGAGUCCUUCGGCCUGCCCUUCUCCCGCACCCCGGAGGGCAAGAUCUACCAGCGCGCCUUCGGAGGCCAGAGCCUGAAGUUCGGGAAGGGCGGCCAGGCC